UUAUGGGCUGUGGGCGCCGCCGCCGCCGCUGAGAGGAGGAAGAUGGAGCUGUCUGCAGUGGGGGAGCGCGUCUUCGCCGCCGAGUCCAUCAUCAAGCGGCGCAUCCGAAAGGGGCGGAUCGAGUACCUGGUGAAAUGGAAAGGAUGGGCCAUCAAGUACAGCACCUGGGAACCCGAGGAGAACAUCCUGGAUUCCCGGCUCAUUGCUGCCUUCGAACAGAAGGAACGAGAGCGUGAGCUGUACGGGCCCAAGAAAAGAGGACCUAAGCCUAAAACUUUUCUGCUGAAGGCUCGGGCCCAAGCGGAGGCCCUCCACAUUGGGGAUGUACACUUUUCUGUCAAGCCUGGUUCUAGCACCUCCUCUCCCAAGCUCCACUCCAGCGCUGCGGUGCACCGGCUCAAGAAAGACAUCCGGCGAUGCCACCGCAUGUCCCGGCGUCCCCUGCCACGUCCGGACCCCCAGAACAGCGGGAGCAUGGCAGGGGGUGCUGGCAUCCGUCCUCCUGUCUCGCCCUUCUCUGAGACCGUCCGCAUCAUCAACCGCAAGGUGAAACCUCGUGAGCCCAAGCGCAGCCGCAUCAUCCUCAACCUCAAAGUCAUUGACAAAGGUGGGAAACCAGCCAACGGUGCCGGGGGCCUGGCUCGGCCCAAGAUCCCCUCCCGAAACCGUGUCAUUGGCAAGAGCAAAAAGUUCAGCGAGAGCGUUCUCCGCACUCAGAUCCGCCACAUGAAGUUUGGCUCCUUUUCACUCUACAAUAAACCUUCCACUGCACCUGCCCCCUCUCUGGAGGGCAAAGGGGAGGCUGAAAGCUCCCAGGCAGCCUCCUGUGGGCUCAUUAUGGGUUCCACUCCCUAUGAUGCCCCCAGCUCCAGCUCCUCCGGCUGCCCAUCGCCAGCCCCCCACUCCUCCUCUGACCCAGAUGAUUCCCCUCCGAAGCUGCUUCCUGAGACCCUCAGCCCAGCCAUUCCUGACUGGCGUGAGUCAGAGGUCCUUGACCUCUCGAUCCCACCCGAGUCAGCUGCCACCAGCAAGCGUUCUCCCCCAGGAGGCUGUGGUGGGGGGCAGACGCCCUCUUUAUCCCUCUCUUCUUCCGACCCGGAGCAGGAAGCCGGCGACUGGCGUCCUGAGAUGUCCCCUUGCUCUAACGUGGUGGUCACAGAUGUCACCAGCAACCUCCUCACCGUCACCAUCAAGGAAUUCUGCAACGCAGAGGAUUUUGAGAAGGUGGCGGCAGGUGGUGGUGGAGGAGGCAGCAAGUGAGCAGCCAGGUCCCCCCACUCCAGCCGCGUGGGGGGAGCUCUACUGCGAGAAGUCGUGGUGCAAAUGGCUGUCCUCAGUUCUCUCCUUCUCCCCUUGGCUGUCUCUCUGCCCUCACUGCCGCCCUUUCUCCUCCUCUCCCCCUGCCCACUCCCUCUUGCUGGAGGCUGGAGCAUGUCAGUGGCGAGGAGCUGGGGGCAUCCACUGUUCUGGGGUGUCACUGCUGCUGGGAGGAAGCAGGGAGGGUCAUGGUGGGGCUGUGGAGUGGUUGUUUGUCCUUGAAUGUGGUGUUGUCCAACGGGUGGUGGAGCCUUUGGGGGUGCGGCAUGGGUGAGCAUGUGUCUUUGUGCCUGUGGGGGUGAUGGGGAAAGUGCUCUACCUCCUCCUUCCCCUUCCAUCACUGACAAAAACUGAAGAGGAGCUCCAGACCCUUGAGGAGGAGGAUAUAAGAGGAUUGGAGCCUUUGCCCAUGCCCCCCAAGCCUUCUCCCAUAAUGUGCAUGCAGUCUCUUCCAUUCCUAUGUGUCCCCUUGCUAUGACACCGGUCCUGCCAUCUUUCCCCGCUUCUUGGUCUGCAUCUGCCCUCUCCUCUGCUGUCUUCAUGGCAGUUCCUGACCCAGAUGCCCCUAGAGUGAGGGGAAGAGGGGCAGGUGAAGCAUCAUGCCUGAAAGGUGCUUGAGAUGAAGCUGUGGUGAUGGGGGUGCCCCAUACAGCAUAAACCCCAUAUCGGCUUCCCCUUUCCUGUGACUAUUGGUGCUACCUUGGCAGUUGUAUGGGCACUUUCAGAUGCCCUGGUCCCUCCUCUUCUAACUUGCUCAGCUUUGCAGGGGGAAGGAAAGGAAAAGGGAGUAUGAUUCUGGCCCAGAUCUUCCUCCUGGUGUUCAUCACUUGCACUUACUUGGGGGAGAGAGCAUGAAAUGUCCUUCCCUAGCCUUUCCAUGGUGGAAAUGGGAGUGGGCCAUGCAUCCAACCUUCAGUUUGGGGGAAGAUACACCAACAGUGUGAUGCUGCCCCAGCUGAGAGAGACUGGUUUCCUUCCUUGCACAUAAGCUUCCCCCCAGCUCCUUCGGAAGGAGGGAGGGAUGGAUGCUAAGAUAGAUUGCUUGCUUUUCCUGCUUCCUUUCCUCUCCUCUGCUCUCCCUUCCCUGUGGUGGAUGGCCUGGAAGAGGGUUCCCCUCUGUUUCCAAGUAUCUGAAACAGCCCUUACAACUGUCAACCAAAGGUGCUAAUAAGAAAUAACUCUCUCACAGUGUAUGCAUGUGCAAUGGAUCUCUUCCCCUGGAGCUGUAAACUGAUCUAGAAAUUCCUUCUCUUCCCCCCAGCAAGUAGGAGUGAGCAAGUUCAUAGCUCACUCUCCCCCUGACUACCUUUGUUCACAUCCAGAAUAAGCUCUCUUUGCCUCCCAUUUCUGACUUGUCCUGUUUCUGUGUGGGUCCUAAACUUCAUGGCAAGAUACCGUUUCCUUGCUCUCCCUUCUCCCCCUAUUUGCACAGGACUCAGCCUGUAGGGGCAAGGGAAAGAGGUGCUGAUCCAUCGGUGGGAGAGCCUCACCCUCUCAGCCCUGUCCCUGGUAUUCAGGAAGGGGCAGAGGGGUGUCACUUCUAUAUAACAUGCUGCAGAGGUGAAAAGGGUGGAAAAACUUCCCCAUGCCAGGGCUCACCUACUUAGACAUCUGCCCUGGGUGGGUGAACAUGAGUGGAAUUAGCCCCUCUGGUGCUUCUACACAAGGAUGUGCUUGUGGGCUGCUGGCUCUGAGGAGUGCUCUUGUGUGGAGUAGUGAUUUUGUGGUUCCAGCGGUCUGAGGAUAGAAGGGAGGCAGUCUGUGGGAGAGAGGUAAUAUAUGUUUGCCCAAGAGGCAGUGUUGGGGUGGUAGAGGGACAGACCAGCUUCUGACCUUAAUAUAGGGCUUCUGUGCCCAGAGUUUGUCUUUCCCUGCCUCUGGUGCCUGUGUUGGUCUAAUGCUGCCCUCCCCACAGGCUCCUCCUGCCUUGCUGCCAGUGGCAUUCAAAGCCAUGGGGCAGGGUGAAUUUGCACCACUUGCAGUUUGGUGUCUGAGCAGAGAGUCUGAGGGGGAUUCCAGGUGCUGUUAGCACCACCCUUUACAUGCCUCUUUCUUUUUCUUUCCUUGGUUAAAGAGCUCAGUGGACUCUUGGGAUGCAGUUGCAUUCACAGUUGAAGCUAGGGGCAGGGAGAAAGACUUCUCUGAUCCAUUCAUCAACCUAAGGCUUCCUAUAACUUGUUGGACUUGUGUGUGUGUCUGUAUUAAUACCUGCCUGUAUUUUUUGUGUCUUGAUUUUGGGGGUUUUGCAUCUUGUUCCUGGCACACCCGGGGAUCCCUUAUUUUAGCAUAGCCUAUCCAUUUGACUGCAGCCUCAAAGAUGAGCAGUUUGUAGGCAUGGGAAAAGCUAGGAAAAUAAAGCUAGGGAAAUAGCAAGGAGAUUCUUCUCUCUUUCCCCCCUUCCCCUUUCAACUAGAACUAUUCUGCGGCUGUGAGAUAAGAGGAGCUUCUUUGUGGGGUGGAUGCAAACUGGCCAGUCACUUUAGGUUGUUGAGUUACUCUUUGGUGUGUAUGUGGUGAUGUGCUUUGUUUUGUGGUAUUGAGGUUCUGGAAAAAAAAAAAGCAUUUAAGUGGGAGAUAAAAGGGAACUUUAAUAGGAAACUCUUGAUGUGUUUUGGCCAAGAUGUGUUUGCUUGGCAGAAUUCUUUUCCCCAGUGUCUCUUGUAUGGUGUUCUUUGGGGGCAGGGGACAGGAAUUGCUUAAUCGAAGGGGUUUUGCCUUUCUUCAGAGUGAUAAGCAAAGGGACUGUCUGAAGAACAAAACAGUGGGUCACUGUAGGGAUACCCUGUGAGGACCCUCUUCCUGUGGUGAGGAGAUGAGGGGACUUGUAGCAAAGGAACCUGUGCAGUAGAUCCUCUUUGUGAAGGAAGAAAGGAGUAUGAUCCGGCUUGCAGAUACAGCUCAACUGCUUGUGUGACAAAUAUCUCCCUGGGUGAGUCACCAGGUAGGGACCAAACCCUGAACCUUUGGAUCCAAAAUGAGGAUCCCAUGCUGGUUUGAGUUAGUUUGCUAACUUGAACACACAGCAGCCUUGAGUCCUCAGGUGGAUCAGCCACUUGAGGCUGGCUAACCUACCUUCGUAUUCACAUGGGUUGCAUUCCUCCUUCUGAAUUUUUGCCAUUGCUCCUUAAUGGAGAUGGGAAAGAUCUAUCCAUGCAUUUUCAAAAGGGCAUGGCACUGAAGGUGGAGUUUAUUUGAAAGUAUCCCCUUCCCUUCCCCGUAACCCCUAGGAAAACAAAAAACAGGGAAUUAUUCUCUGUGUCUGUGCCAUGUUUGUUCUCUUGUUGUCGUGUUUUUAGAGGAGAUUUUAUGAUGGAGUGGGAAAAGUGAAAUGAUUAGUUUUGCAUAAAAAACAAAAAAGAAAAGUUUAAAAAAAAUUUCUACAGGGAGAGAGCGAGAGAGAGUUUAAAAAUGAUUAAUAAAUGCAGUGAUUGCACAAACUGUAGUGGUAAUAGAGAUGGUCCUUAGAGAAAAGAGUAUUUUGUAGUAUCGAAGCAUGUGUGUCUGGGAUGGUGUUUGGCUUGCUUGAACUGGAGGGAAAGGCAUUCUGGGACUAAGCAGCGAUCUCUGAGCUGAAAAGGCAAGUUGCAUGUUGGAGGAACCCUGUCUACCAACCCUUCCCGUCCUUGCCUCCCAAGUGUUGGAGUGAGUUCCCUUCCCUCCCAUACCUCUCCUGUGAGCUAAGGUAAAGUCUCCAAGUGGUUUUCCGGCCGAGCGGCCCUCAGAAAUGGCCGGUUGCGUUCUGGCAGAACGUGGAUCGGGCCACCAACAUGGAAACAGUUGACUUAACUUCGCAUGCACAGCAAGCUGCUAAGAUUUGGGGUUGUCAUGUACCUUUCCUGCCAAGUCACUGUCUCUUUUCCCUUCCCCAUAUCCAAGCAAGAUUAACCAUGGUGGGCUUAUCUCCUGGGAACCAGAUGUGCCUCCCCUUCAUAGGGUCUCUUAGCUUCUUCCAGCAUCGGGUGGGGAGUGGCAUUUUUCCAUAUAGGAUUCACCACAUUAGGACAGAGAACCAAGUCCCAUCUGUUUGUAGUCCAGCAUCCCAUCUCUGAGAAUGUUCACAUCUUCAGAGGUAGAUGAGAGAGCUGCCUUGUGUGCUCCGAAGGUGCUUCUGAGUGAGGCAUGCCCUAUUCUUCAGGCCAGCAACUGCUGGAGGCUUUGGGAUGGGGAGAGGAGCACCUUGACAGGACUGUGUUUGAGUAAGGGCUGUUGUCUUCUACUCUGACUUCCUGCAGAGUGGCAGGGAAGAGUUGCCUGCACAUUCAUUUAGAGCUUCCCCAUUCAUGAUAUCUCUGCUGGGUGUUCAUCUUGUGCAUGGGAAUGACUGCAGGGAGGAGGGAAGCUACCGGAUGUUGCUGUCUGAACAGAGCAUAGCAGGCAGGGGAUGCUAGGACAGCUUUCCUUGUCUGAACUUCUCUGGUGCCCUCAGCUUUGCAGUGGCAGGUGAUGGAUAUAUUGAUGCUUCCCACAGCCUGGGCUGCUCUUGGGAGCUUCCUCUCUGCCCAUCGAGCUCUGUCAGUGCUUCCACAGCCUUCAGCUUAGAGCAGCAGCCUUCUGUCUGAUGCUUUCUUCUCGUUGAGCAGAGUGGGACCGGAGAGUUGUGAAGCUAAUGAGGUGCAAGCUCCUUUUGGGACGGAAAACAGAGAAAUAGUGUGGUGAGCAUACCCAGCUGUGGUGAGCCGCUACUUGAUUUCUGUUUUCAAAAGAGAGAGGGAGCUUUUCUCUCCAUCUCCUCUUACUGAAGUUCCCAGGGUAGUUUUAUGAUAUAAAGAAAAAAACAACAAAAAAAAGAACCUCUUACAAUCCUGCUUUUUAUCAGGUAGGAGCUGUCUCUGAGCUGAGUCUUCCUAGGGAUUUCACUCCCUUUCCCAGACCCUCUUUGUAGAAGAGGUUUUGGCAGCUCCCAGUGUUUGGAGAUUGCUUUCCUAGGGACCUCCUGGCAGGAGGAGGUUGCCAUGCUGAAGGAUGGUGUCCUGAGACCUCACACUUAUGCCCACCACAGGUUGUGGCAUUAGCGGAGCUGUUCAGGAGCAGGUCCUUCUUGCCAGGGAGGUGUAACAAACCUGGAGUGCGUGUCUGGCUAAGUGCUUAUUUCCCUCCUUGCCUCCUUCCCCACUUUCCAAGACCUCCUUGCCUGGUGCAUCUUUUUACUCCAAUGUCGCUUGCUUUUGCUGCAUUUUUCAAUUGCCCAUAAUCGUGCGAGAGCUGGGAUCUUAUUUACUUUUUAUAUAGAAAUAUAAAAGAAACCCUGCCCUCUUCCCUCCCCAUCUCACCCACCACCCUGUGUGCAGCCUUCCCAAUCUCUGCUCUGAAGAGGGUUAAUUUGGGGCUGGGGAUUUGGUGCCUCCUGGGUUCUGUUCCUUUGGUUGCCAUGGCCUUUCUGCCAGCUGUGUCACUGCCCUGUGUCUCCAUUUCCCUGGUGCAAAGGGGUGGAGGGGACCAUCCUACUGAGGGUGCUGGCAGCCCGACUCCCAUGGCAUUGGCAUGGAACUGGAGCAGUGCCGAGUAUUGCUUCAGAAAUCCCCCUCUCCCAGUCUGUGCUUCCUUCCCCAUGUAACUCCAGGAAGUAUCUUCACUUCAUUGAUGCUUUGGGGUUGAGCAAAAAUGCGGCUUUAUUUUCUUUUCUUUCUUGUAUUUUCUAGGUCCCUCUCCAGAGUGCAGUGUGUAUGGUUUCCUUUUGCAGGUGUAGAUGGGAGGAGGUGUUGGAGUCUAUCUCCGUCCCCACCUCUUCCUUUGCAUCCUCUACUUCUCUCCCCUUUUGAUGCUGCCCUGUGUCAGGCUGGUGGGGUUUGCACCCUUGUCUGUGUGGGGUCAGCAGCAUUGGCACCAGCAGCUUCGUGUGUGGUGCAUCUGAGGUGCCUUGUGUUGCACCGUGUUUGUAAGGAUGUCACAGGGCCCCGAGUUCUUUCUCCCUUUAAAUAUCUCUGUCUGGGAGUGAAGGGAGGUGUAAUUAUUUUGCUCUCCCCAUGGUGGUGGGCUGCCUCUGGCAGCUCUUCUUUCUCUUCCAGUUUCUCUGUGGUAGGAAACAAUGUCUCCAGGACUGUCCAGAAGUGCAGUUCUUGGGGUGAGAAUCCCCCUGCCUCAGGUUAGUGCUGUGCUUUGAGCCCUCUCCCUCCAAGCACCCACCUAAGCGUGCUGGCAGAGGCUGCACUGGGUGUGCGAGAGUGGGGAUGCCCCCUGUGCUCCCAGGCUGAGUGGAGCAGGGAAAUGGACAGAAAGCACCAUGCUGCAGCAUAGGGAAUAAGUAAGGUGAUGGAAGAGCUGCUGGAUGAUGCCAGCUUCAGCAGCAGUUCAGAAAACGUAUCUGGCACGAGGGAAGGGGCAUGGUGGGGCCAAGCAGCUGAAGUGUUAAUUUCCAUCGCAGGGCUCUGGUCCUUGACUUCCUUUCUUGUUCAGUUGAGCACUUUGAGCUCAGACUAAACUGCAGGAGCAUGGCUGGGUGCAUCAAAGCACUUUGUGGGGCUUCGGGGCCUUGUAGGGCUGCCAGGGUUCUAGCAUGGUCCUGAGUAGCCCCCUGGCUGCACCCUGCAUUCCAGGGGUGCUGAGGGUUUCCUUCUGGGCAGAGCAGCAGGUAGGUGCUCUUUAGCUGUCCUGAAGGGACGCUGCUGCUUCCAGCCCCCUAGCUGCAAAGGGGGACAUCAUCUUAGGUCAAGUUCUCAAACAGAGCAACCGCAAAAAAAUAAUACUCCUUAAGAUGACUUUUUUCCCCUAGAAAAAGUCGUCGUGCCUGCGCCUCCCCUAAGCUAAUCAACUUGGUGUGCUGUCCUCCCCUCUUCUCCUCUCCCUGCUGGUAAGCCUCGUGUGCUCCUUAAGAAUAGAGGACUCUCUAUUUUGGGAUUAUGUUUUUGUUCCCCUGUUUGUUUUCUUUUUGCAUAGAAAGUUGUCCGCUGGUGGGGGAGGACAAGGGUCUGCCUAGUCUGUUCCUUCCUUUCACCUUCCCCAGUGCCAAGCUUAGGCUUAAAUCCUGCAGGUUCCUGCAAAUUCUGAACUUGAAGCAGGUGAGUUACCCCACUGAACUCUGUGGUACUUGGGUGCUUCAGGUUCUGCCUGCGCUUGAGUUUUGGUAGCAUCACAGCCUUACCCUUUCUCUUAGAGAAGGUCAGACCUAACUCCUAGAGUUCAUAUGGUUCUGGUGCAACCCAUUUGUCUGUAUUUCCUCUCACUUUGGCAUACAGAGUGAAGGUGGUAAUUUCUUCUAUUUUAAUUUAAAAUAAACCGAAAUAUGUAUCUUGUAAUUUUUUUUUUAAUUUUAAAAAAUGCAUUUAAGGAUUGUGCACGGAUGAAUUGUAUAUCUAUAUAUAUUUUUUUUGUCUUGAAAUUUUCAUUUUAAAUAUAGUGUUUGUUCAGGUUUCCGGUUUUGUUUUUUGUUGUUGUUUUUAAUCCAGUUCCCAGCUGGCUAAACUCUGUCUAGAGCGGAUGGGUGGGAGGCAAAGCCACUGUGGAGGGGUGAUCGGAUCACCCCUUCUCCUGGCGCUUCCCACAAGAAAAUGGUUUGCUCCAGGUUUGGGGGUGGGGAUUGUGCUAAUUACUCUUGUAUUCUUGUACAUUUUGUUCUAUCUGCUGCUCUUGAAUAUUGUAUCAAUGCCAGAAAUGGAGAGAUAAAAAUUAAAAACAAAAAAAAAAAUAACCCCCAAUAAAUUGUUACAUUCCAAA